AUGCCAAACACAGGUGUCUUCUGUCGCUUUCAUCAGUUCAGUGGCCAUGACACCGAAUCUUGUAUUACCUUGCGCAACAUCACUGAGGGACUUAUCCGUGAGGGGAAGUUGGAUAAAUAUGUGCACAACCUCCCACCCCCACCUAACCCUCACCAACAGCAGAUCAACAUGAUCUCCACCAUCAGUGGUGGCCCUACAUUAGCCGGAUCCUCCAACAACUCCAUCAAACACUAUGUUCGCUCUUCCUACGCACACCAGGUCUUCAGCACCGAGCAGGGACGCAUAGCGAAGACACAAAGGACGGGCUGGGCCCCCAUUACCUUCAGCGAGGAGGAAGAGCGUGGUGUUAUUCUCCCCCAUGACGACCCACUGAUUAUCCGAGCAGAUAUCUCUAACUUCGACGUUGGGCGUAUCUUGGUGGACACUGGCAGCUCGGUCAGUGUGAUGUUUGCUGAUGCUUUUAACGAACUCCAGGUCCCCGCUCAUUUGCUCGACCGAAGCAUCACACCCCUUGUGAGCUUCUCUGGCGAUGUAGUUCAGCCCAUUGGCAACAUCCAUCUCCCUAUAUCUAUUGGUUUAGCACCCCAGCGGGCAACCACCACCACUCCCUUCCUUAUCGUGGAUUGUCCCACAGCCUAG